UUGGCGUGCACGAACCGGAGUUGUUGACUCGGCUAUCAACCCAUGGUUGCUUUUCUCGUUCUCUUUCUGAGUUUUUGCUGCGCAGAAAGGGAACAAAAUGAAUCCUACUUAUUACUAUCAAUUUAUCGAUUGUAUAAGUACAGCGGACGAAGCUAGCAAGCAAACCAGUUAGGGGAAUAGAAUUUUGUCGAUCGCUUCAUUGAUUCUGAAUAUUUGGUGUUUGAGGAGAAAACCAUCAAGAUGUUAGAGAAGAUCGGGUUGCCGCCCAAGCCAUCAUUGCGAGGGAAUACUUGGGUGGUGGAUGCCUCUCACUGUCAGGGUUGCUCAUCUCAGUUUACCUUCAUCAAUCGCAAGCACCACUGUAGACACUGUGGAGGAUUGUUCUGCAACAGUUGUACCCAACAAAGAAUGGUUUUACGUGGACAAGGGGAUUCGCCUGUGCGUAUUUGCGAACCUUGUAAGAAGCUAGAAGAGGCAGCACGAUUUGAGCUGCGACAGGGACGCAGAGCUGGGAGAGGGAGCUCAAAAUCAACGCCUAGAUAUGAAGAUGAAAUUUUGAGCCAGAUUCUUGGUCAUAAUGGAGAACAAUCUUUUUCAUCAGGAAAUCAUUCAGCCAGUAGCACAAUUCCUGACGGUCAAAGAUCAGUCAGCAGUGCAUCUUCUUCAAGUACUGUGGGACAUGCCAAUCAGGUUGUCAGUGACAUACAAAAAACUAUCUCAAAUGAUGAUUUCAAUAAUUUGGAGGUUGAUGUGGGAUCCACUAGUCCUGAUGAUUUGCGCCAAAAAGCUUUGGAGGAAAAGAAGAAAUAUAAAAUUCUGAAAGGGGAUGGAAAAUCUGAGGAGGCCCUUAGGGCUUUUAAGAGAAGUAAGGAGUUUGAAAGGCAGGCUGAUGCCUUGGAAGUUCAUUUGAGAAAGAUUCGAAAGAAAAAUUUAUCCUCUGUUAACAUGUCUAAUAUGUUGAACAGAGAUAUUUCUUUAGAACCUGGGAAAAAAACUAAGUCACUUCCACACAUGCAUAAAGAGAAGCAUGAUAUUGCUGCUGAACUUAGAGAGCUUGGAUGGUCUGAUUUGGAUCUUCCGGAUGAAGAUAGGAAGCCAGCAAACUUGAGUUUGGAGGGUGAACUAUCAGCUAUUAUUGGAAAUGUCCUUCCAAAAACCAGUGAAGAAAAGGGCAGUAGAAUUGACAAGACCCAGGUUGUUGCUCUUAAGAAAAAGGCUCUUGCAUUAAAGAGAGAGGGGAAGGUAGCAGAGGCCAAGGAAGAAUUAAAGAGGGCUAAAGUUUUAGAAAAGCAUCUGGAAGAACAGGAACUGCUGGCAGAAGCUGAAGAUUCUGAUGAUGAACUAUCAGCACUAAUUCAUGGCAUGGACAAUAAUGAGGAAGGAUCUUUAAAUUUUCAUGACCAUGGGCAUAACCUUGAUUUUGAUAACCUGCUGAGCAUGUCUGAUAAUCUCGACAGCAAUUUUGAAGUGACUGAUGAUGAUAUGUUGGACCCUGAAAUAGCUGUUGCUUUGAAAUCAAUAGGUUGGACUGAGGAUUCUAAUAAUUCUGAAAAUAUAGUAUCUGAGACUCAGCCCCUUGGUGCAGAGGAAUUGCUUAGUGAAAUUCAAUCUUUGAAAGGAGAGGCUCUUAAACAAAAGCGGGAAGGUAAUAAUGAAGAAGCAAUGGCAUACUUGAAAAAGGCAAAGUUAUUAGAGAGGGAUCUUAACAGUUCUGGGUCUCAAGAGAACAAUACUAUGGCACAAAAAUCCACUGCUGCUGGUAGAGGUCGUAGUUCUCAAAUUUCUGGUAAAGGAUCAGAAUUUAUUGAAGUGGGUCUGGGAAAUAUUAAUGGCAUAAACGUUGAUGAGGCACCAAAAAGCCGAUUAAUGAUUCAGAAAGAACUUUUGAGUUUGAAGAAGAAGGCUCUUGCAUUGAGAAGGCAAGGGAAACUGAAUGAGGCAGAAGAAGAAUUAAGAAAGGGUGUAGCUCUUGAGCAUCAGCUAGAGAAGAUGGAUAAUGCUAAAGAUCUUAAGGGAUCUCAGUUGAAAAUUGGUGAUGUUCCACAUUCGACACACAAACUUCCUGAUAUUCAUAAAGAUUUGCCUCUUGAGGAAGGAGGAGAGGAACAAGUAACUGACCGUGAUUUGUCUGAUCCAACAUAUCUUUCGCUUCUUAGGGACUUGGGUUGGAAUGAUGACGAUGACAGGCCUCCUAAUUCUUCUACCAAGCCAUCAAAGAAAGAUGGUGUUCAUUCUGUGCUGAUCAAUGACGUUUCUCUAAUACAGCAUUCUACAAAUAUGUUGGCAGGAGUACCAAAAAGAAGUAAAUUUGAAAUUCAGAGGGAACUCUUGGGCUUAAAAAGGAAGGCUCUUGCUCUCAGGCGCGAAGGGAAAGUGGAGGAAGCUGAGGAAGUGCUGAAAAUGGCGAAAGAACAAGAAAGCAAGUUAGCUGAAAUGGAGGCUCCAAAGAAAGAACUGCAAGUUGAUGCUCUUAGUAAAGACAAAGUCUUUAAUCCUCCGGAUGGAAGUGCAGUUGUAGAAGCAAGUCUUGAAGUAGUUACUGAAGAUGAUAUGUAUGACCCAGGAUUGAAUUCAAUGCUUAACACUCUUGGGUGGAAGGAUGAAGAGUCUGAAGCAGGAUCCACAAAAGAAGAGGCAGUUAAGAAAGGUACCAGUAGUUUUACCAAUACAGACCUGUCUAUACUUGAUUCUUCUUCUGGUAUUUCUAGUGAAGCUUCAAGGAGUAAGAGAGAGAUUCAAAAAGAACUCUUAGCAUUGAAAAGGAAGGCUCUUGCUCUUAAACGCAAAGGAGAAGUGGAAGAGGCAGAUGAAGUUUUGAGGAUGGCAAAGAGUUUGGAAGCCCAGAUGGAAGAUAUGGGGAACCAGAACAAGGAGUUUCUCCUUAAUGUUGCCAACGUUGAAAAACCUGUUUUUUCUGCAUCAACUGACUUGCAUGAAAAGCGUGGGAGUCGAGGAACUGCAACAGAAGUUGAUAAUGAUUCUGCUUCAUUAGUGCUCGGUUCAUCAUGUAAGGAGGCAAGUCCUUCAAAUGAAACCUUUGCUCAAAAACAUAGAGAAGGUUCUAAGAUUGGGUCAGCAAAUUUGCCUCAAGCAGUCCCUCCUAUUUGUUUGGAAUCCUCAUCUCUCAAUCAACAAAAGGGAUCCAAAAGUAAUGUUACGAUUAAUAAAAGAGCAGAAUUGGCUGUCGCAAAUGAAAAGCCAAGCACAAGUGAGGCUGCUGCUGAUCAGGAUGCUUUUGCUAAGAAUAAUGUUUCCUAUAAUCAGGAAAUUUUGGCUCUUAAAAGGAAGGCAGUUGCUUUGAAGAGAGAAGGAAAACUAGCAGAAGCUCGGGAUGAACUACGUCAGGCAAAACUAUUGGAGAAGAGCUUGGAGAACAAUAUGCAGCCCAAUGCUAUUUCUAACAUAUCCUCCAAUGUAUCUAAUGUUGAACAGAAAAAGGAUCCAUCGAAUGUUGCUAUGAAACCGUUGUCUAGUCGAGAUCGUUUUAAGUUGCAGCAGGAGUCUUUGGGGCACAAACGUCAAGCCCUGAAGUUACGGAGAGAAGGUCGGAUGGAGGAAGCAGAAGCUGAGUUUGAACGGGCAAAGGCACUUGAAAUCCAGUUGGAUGAGUUGGGAGCUCAUGAUUCUGGUAAAUCUUCCAGUUUGUCAGAUGCUGUAGACGAUGUGGCUGUUGAGGAUUUUCUCGAUCCUCAACUGUUAUCUGCUCUGAAGGCAGUUGGAGUUGGACUUGAAGAUGUUAGUGUUGUAUCAAAAGGUCCAGAAAAACGGGAGACCAAUAAACCCAAUGUUGCUAAGACUGAAAACAUCAACGACGAGAGAAUUCAGCUAGAAGAAAGAAUCAGAGCAGAAAAAGUGAAGGCCUUAAAUUUGAAGCGUUCAGGAAAACAAGCUGAGGCCUUAGAUGCUCUUCGACAAGCUAAGUUGUAUGAAAAGAAGCUUAAUUCCCUGACGUCCAGGUAAGAUGGAAGCCCUCCAACUUCUGGGCUGGAAGUUCUUGUUCUAGUUGUUAGCUCUUUAUAAUGGAAAUUGAUUUGUCAAAAUUGCUUUGAAGAGAAACUAGGAGUUGUACAAGAGAUUGCUCCUUCAAUAAAAUCCAUUUAGAGUUCACUGUGUUUAACGAGAGCAUAGAAAAUGUAUAACCAUUCACGAAAUAAUUAUAGAUGUUGCUAGCAACAUUAAGAGA